GGGGCCGCGCUUAGCUGGGCAGGACCGGCGUGGGACUGAGGCUCGGGGCGUGUCCGGUUCACAAGUCAUGCUCGGCCGGUCAGGGUAUCGUGCGCUGCCCUUGGGCGAUUUUGACCGCUUCCAGCAGUCGAACUUCGGCUUUCUGGGUUCGCAGAAGGGCUGCUUGCCCCCAGAGCAGGGCGGCGUGGGGCCGGGGGCUGAUGCACCCCAGAGCUGGUCCUCCUGCCUCUGCCAUGGCCUCAUCAGUUUCCUGGGGUUCUUGCUGCUGAUGAUCACCUUCCCCAUUUCUGGCUGGUUUGCUCUGAAGAUCGUGCCCACUUAUGAACGAAUGAUUGUCUUCCGACUGGGCCGGAUCCGCACCCCACAGGGGCCUGGCAUGGUUCUCCUCCUCCCCUUCAUCGACUCUUUUCAGAGGGUGGAUCUGAGGACUCGAGCCUUCAAUGUACCUCCUUGCAAGUUGACCUCUAAGGACGGGGCUGUGCUAUCCGUGGGGGCAGACGUCCAAUUCCGCAUCUGGGACCCAGUGCUGUCAGUGAUGGCUGUGAAGGACCUGAACAUGGCUACACGCAUGACAGCUCAUAAUGCCAUGACCAAGACCCUACUCAGGAGGCCAUUGCGGGAGAUCCAGAUGGAGAAGCUCAAGAUUGGCGACCAGCUCCUGCUGGAGAUCAAUGAUGUGACCAGGGCCUGGGGACUGGAGGUGGACCGUGUGGAACUGGCUGUGGAAGCCGUGCUGCAGCCACCCCAGGAUAGCCCAGUGAUGCCCAACCUGGACAGCACUCUCCAACAAUUGGCUCUCCACUUGCUAGGGGGAGGCAUGAACUCCAUGACAGGAGGUGUUCCACCCCCAGGACCAGCAGAUACCUUGGAGAUGGUGAGCGAAGUGGAGCCUUCUGCCUCUCAUGUUGGUGCUGAGGCUGGGCCCAGCCUGAAGCAGCCUGUGGCUGAGGGGUUGUUGACUGCCUUGCAGCCCUCUCUGUCUGAGGCUCUGGUUAGCCAGGUUGGGGCCUGCUACCAGUUCAAUGUCAUCCUGCCCAGUGGCACCCAGAGCACCUACUUCCUGGAUCUCACUGCAGGGCGAGGCAGAGUGGGACAUGGGGCACCUGAUGGCAUCCCUGACGUGGUGGUGGAGAUGUCAGAAGCAGACCUUUGGGCCUUAUUGUGCAGGGAGCUGCGGCCCCUGGGGGCCUACAUGAGUGGGCGACUGAAAGUGAAGGGCGACCUAGCUGUGGCCAUGAAGCUGGAGGCUGUCCUCAGGGCCCUGAAGUAACAGUCUUGGUUGACCUUCACCUAGCCCUGAGCAUGGUGCCAAGCCAGAAGAGCUUCUUGGGGUAGGAAGCAUUGGUUCGGGCCAUGGAAAGUUGAGACCGGAAGUUCCAGGCCCAACCAGAAGCCUGGGAGGCUGGGAGACAUCUGGUGGCCGCUGAUUUGGCCUGUCUUGCACGUUGAUCUAUAGUGGUUCUCUGGUCAGGCCUUGGCUUAUUUCAGUCUCAGCUGAGUGCCCAGCCCUGAGCUGGCUACACAGAGUGAAGAUAAGCUGAGAGCCAGACCUACCCAGCUGACAGCCUGACUGGAGAGACAGGAGGCACAGAGGCAGCGCGCGUGGCACCUGUGGAUGGACCAAAGCACAUGGCUCAGGCUCUGCGCUCCAAGGAGAUCAAAGGGUAGGGAGGGGGAGGAAAGGCAACCCCCAAAAAAGGUUGCUGCAGUUGGGCCAAAAAAGGUUGCUGCAGUUGGGCCAGGUGGGCCCACCUUCUGGUGGCAGGUCAGACCAGGCUAGUGGGAGGGGUCAUGGGACAGAACUGCUGCUCUGAUGGUCCUGCUCCUGAAGAUGCCUGACCUCAUCCACCAGCUCUAUCCUGCAUGCUUGAGGAGCUGAACCCAGGGCAGCAUGUGGGAGAGCCCUGCUGUUCUGUCCUUACUGGAGGCUUGAGACCCUCCAACAAAUAAAUGUGGUAUUUACAGUG